AUGGAUGCUGAGGGCCAUUUGGGAAGUCCCGAACCAUCCGCUGCAUCCAUCGAGUGCCCAGCAGCACCACAGCCGAAUCAGACAGCAUCUCCGCAGCCCGUCGCUCCUGUUGUCGAUGUUACGAGAGGUGGAUUGGCUACAAUUGUAAGGGAUCAAAGCGAAAAGCUGGAUGAGAUCAAAGCUCUACUUAACCAACACCUGGCUAACGACGCCCGCUACCAACGUGAACUCGACUUCCGCCUCAGAAUCGCUAACAUCGGCCCCUAUAAAUUGGACGAUGACUUGCGGACGGUCCGAUGCACGGUAUGCGAUACCCACAAAUGGUCUAUUCCGAGGAAUGAGCGUCCUGGCUUCUUCGAUAGAUUAGGCGUAUUCAGUGUCGGAGAUCCGAUACCCUCUGCAGAAAGGCAACGUGAUCUGAUCGCUUCCCUCAAGGACCAUCUCAAAGUACCGACUCACAAUAGAUGCAUCAGUAUUGGCGAGACGGGCAAAACGCGUACGCGACGGAGCGAGGCUCUGGCGGUGGCUCGCCCUGCUUAUUUCAAUGUUGUCGGAGGUCACAGCCACAGAGAGUCUGAGAGAUUGCUGGCCUUGCUGUGA